AUGGGAGAAACAGGAGAUGAUUCAAAAACUCUUAGGGAGUUGUUCUCACCCAUAACCACCAACCCUCCAUCUUGCAUAGUAUUGCCUGCAACCACCGCUGCACAUUUUGAGUUAAAGCCACAGAUAAUCCACCUUCUUCCUACUUUUCAUGGAUUGGAUAGGGAAGAUCCUUAUAUGCAUGUGAAGGAUUUUCUUGAGAUUUGUGCUACUUGUAAGUUUCAGAAUUUCACUGAUGACUCUGUUCGCUUGCGUUUAUUCCCUUUUUCCUUGAAGGAUAAGACAAAUCGUAACAUGAUUGAGUCCAUGAAUGGUGGUGGAUUUUUGAGUCUUGUAGAUGAUGAGGCGUACAAAUUUCUUGAGAAUUUUUCUGAAAGUUCACAACAAUGGGAUUUUUCCAAUCGUAAAGAGAGAUGUGCCCCUGCAAUUAAGAAAGGAGGAUUGUAUGAAGUCAGUGAAGAUUUAGACAUAAAAGCUAGGUUGGACAAUCUCACUCGUAAGGUUGAAACUUUAGCUUUAGGUAGAGUGAUGAAUUCUGUCAAUCAAGUUCAAAGUGAAACAUGCUCUAUUUGUGCAAGUCCUAUGCAUAUAACACAAAUGUGUCCUUCUGCAGUUGGGUAUCCUGAUUUUUAUACUGAGCAAGCAAACGCACUAAAUAAUUAUGGAAAACCAUUUGCUAGUCCAUUUUCAGAGAUAUACAAUCCAAAUUGGAGGAACCAUCCUAAUUUCUCAUGGAGGCAAAAUUAG